AUGCCAGAUGACCCAAACUUUACUCACAUAGACGAAUCAAGAGAAUCAGAUGAAGAGUCUCCCAAUUUGCGACUCUACGGCUACGCAAUCCUCAUUUCAACAUACCUACUAUUCAUCAUCACCAUAAAUUCAUUUUUCCACCUUUGGCAAUUCAUCAUAUCACCAAUCAUAGGAACUCCGCUACAUGGACAAUUAACUACCAUAUUUGAAGUCAUUGAUGAUCUUGUUGUUAAAGACAAUGUGGAUGUUUGUAUAGUAGGCGCCGGUCCAGCGGGGUUGGCAACAGCAAUCAAGUUGAAGCAAUUGGACAAUGAACAAGGCAAUGGCGACAAACGUGUGGUUGUGUUGGAGAAAGCCGCUGAUUUUGGUAGUCACAUAGUUAGUGGAGCCGUUAUUGAACCAAAAGCAUUACGCGAGUUGUUUCCUGAUUCGGAGGAGGAUAUCCCGGUACCGGCAGAUUUGGUUACGAAAGUUACUGAAGAUCAUAUGAAGUAUUUGACUGAGAAAUCUAGUUGGUCGUUGCCUGAACCUCCGCAAUUGGCCAACAAGGGAAAGAAUUACAUUACCAGUUUGAACAAUUUAGUGAAGUAUCUAAGUGAACAAGCUGAGGAAUUGGGGGUGGAAUUGUACCCCGGUAUUUCAGUUAGUGAUGUUGUUUACAAUGAGGCAACGGAUUCGGUGAUUGGAGUUGCCACAAAAGAUAUGGGGGUUGAUAAAAAUGGCGCGCCAAAGGAUACAUUUGAAAAGGGAAUGGAGUUCAAUGCCAGAAUCACCGUUUUUGCUGAGGGAUGCCAUGGAUCAUUGACUAAACAAUUGAUUAAAAAAUUUGAUUUACGCAAGAAUGCCAAUGUUCAGACAUAUGGGCUAGGAAUUAAAGAAGUAUGGGAAGUUAAACCGGAAAAUUUCAAACCCGGAUACGUGGGCCAUUCAUUGGGUUACCCAUUGACUAAAGAAUCAGCUGCAUAUGGGGGUGGUUUUAUUUAUCAUUUUGGUGACGGAUUAGUUGCAGUGGGGUUAGUCAUUGGAUUGGACUAUGCCAACCCAUACAUUUCACCCUAUCAAGAGUUUCAAAAAAUGAAGACACAUCCAUACUACGCCGAUGUUUUACGUGGAGGUAAAUGUAUUUCAUACGCCGCUAGAGCUUUAAACGAAGGUGGAUAUCAAAGCAUCCCACAAUUGUAUUUCCCUGGUGGAGUAUUGGUUGGAUGUGGGGCUGGGUUCUUGAAUGUGCCCAAGAUUAAAGGAACCCAUACCGCCAUCAAGUCGGGGAUCGUUGCCGCCGAAGCAAUAUUCAACCGUAUAAAGGAGUUGGAAUUGGAUGAUGAAGAAGAGUUUGAACAUCAAAUUACCAAUGAUGCAAUUGCCUUGUCUGAAUAUGAGUCCAAUUUCAAACAGUCCUGGGCAUAUCAGGAAUUAUACCAAGUGAGAAAUGUGAGACCUAGUUUCAAUUCGCCAUUGGGUGUAAUUGGUGGAUUAGCCCAUUCUGGAUUAUCAACAAUGGUAACACAAGGUCACGAGCCGUGGACGUUGCAAUUCCAUCACUCUGAUGCCGAAGCCACCAAACUUGCAUCCAACUACAAGCCCAUCACAUACUCCAAACCCGACAACGAAUUGACAUUUGACUUGCUUACGUCAGUGUCGAGAACCGGCACUUAUCAUGAUGAAGAUGAACCAUGUCAUUUGCGAGUACCCAAUCAGGAUUUAGACAAACAUGCCAAGUUGAGUUGGCCAAAAUACAAGGGCAUUGAGCAACGGUUCUGUCCUGCUGGAGUUUACGAGUACUUGCCACGUGAAGGAAACGACAGCGAGCAAGGUUUGGAUGUUGAGUUUAAGAUUAACUCACAGAAUUGCAUUCAUUGUAAAACUUGUGAUAUCAAAGUUCCCUCACAAGAUAUUAAUUGGACUGUGCCUGAAGGCGGGGAUGGACCAAAGUACUACAUGACUUGA